CUAUGUUGUUGUUUACAGGUAGAGGAUGUGACCCUAAUGAUGGACAGGCAAACCAACAGGCAUCGAGGCUUUGGUUUCGUUGUCAUGGAAACUGAGGAAGAUGUGAACAAGAUCUGCGAGAUGCAUUAUCAUGAAGUCAAAGACAAAAUGAUUGAGGCCAAGAAAGCACAGCCCAAAGAGGUCAUGAUGCCCCAGAACCAACUACGCCAAAGGACGGCACUCAUGAGGAACAUGUAUGGCAUGUAUGUUGUCGAUCCAGUUGCGCCGUGGACACCCUACACACAAGGUACCUGCGCUAACCCAAGCUUAUCUCCUUCUAUGCCGAUUCUUCUGGAGUCUGUCCCUAAUGUUAAAGGUUAUCCAGCAAACUUUGCUUUCGGACGGUCAAUUCCUGCCUACCCCCCAUUCACCCCGUAUUUUAGUGAAAACGCCCUGAGCAAUGAACAGCUGACCUACCUGAAGACGACAGGACUUGACAAGUCUGUCUGUAUCGCCUCUCCAGGCUUGCACGCCUACCCGGGCGGCUACGCGGUCAUGCCCCACCACGGACUGCAGCCAGCCGUGGACCAGCGCCGGCCCGGCAGCUACAUUCCGUACUCGUACCCGGACUACGGCUCGGCAGGGCCCGCGACUACGCUCCGGGCGGCCAACGCGCAUAACCGGACGGACGGCGGCUCGGCGGUGACCCAGCACCAGCAGGCCGAAUACAACAGGGAAUAUCACCAGGCAGCUGUGAUGAACUCCCCCUACGCUCAGCAAGGUUAUGCCCCUUCCCCCUCGCCAGUCAACAGCCGUAGCGGUUUCAACGUUAACAGCAGCCCGGGGCCCAUGGACUUGUAUGCCGUCUCCACGACUCAGGCCGACCAGAAUGCCAUGACCAGCAACUUUGUGCCGGCGGUCAGCCCGCAGCCAAACAGCUACGGAAUGGGCCAGACGUACGGUGGCACCAGUCAGACUUACAAUCCCCUUGUCCACGGCCGGAACUUCUAGAAAGAAAAAAAAAAAAGAUACGUUAUUUUUGCGGGAACGGAAAGAAUCAAGCAUCACGAUUGCCAACAGGGUUACAAAGGCAAGGGUUUAUAGAUUCGACGCAGAUCAACACUUCAAGAAAGUCCUGCGCUUUUUUAAUUAAGAAAAUAUUUUGUUUUGUAUAAAUUCCCAGGAAUGAACUUAUUUAAAUUGACCUACAAGCAACCUUUGUGUGCUCGUGUGUCUGCGUGUGUGAAAAAAAAUCAUGUACACCGGCAAUCAAAUUGGUUCAGGGGGAACAAAAUGAAACCUUUUAUGAUCAUGUGCAGAAGAGAUACAAAACUUGCAACCAAAUUUGCAUUUAUAAUCAUGUUCUGCGCACUUUAUUUGAGAUUUUCUCCCUUGGUUUUUUUUUAUUGUUAUUUUUUUUUUUUACAAACAAAGCAUGUUUGCGUGCCCGCAAGGUUGUUUAUUUAAUAUUUAUGGCAGUGGCUGUUGACCAAAGUUGAUGGGGGAAAAAAUGGCUUUUUGGGGUGGAAAAUAAGGAAGGGUAGGAGGGGGAACAGUUUGAUAGUGGAAGCCUUUUCGGCUAAAUGGGAAAAGGGCGAGCAGUAAAGUUUUAAAAAUUAAAUUAAAAAAAAAUAAACAUUGUGUGGUUAUUUAAGUGGUAAAAAAAAAAAACAGUGCAAGUUGAUGGUACGGCCAUUUUUUAUGAGUUUGUGUGAUAAUGGUUCAAAGAUAUUCGCGAAUUAUUGUGUCAUUUUUGAUCUUUAAGAAAGUUUAAAGUAAAAAAAAAACUUAAAGGACUUUUUGCUCUAUUAUUAAUUGUAGCUUGCGAUGAAGAUAUCUAACUGUCUGAGUUAUUGAAAGUGAAAAAAAAAGUAGUCUGUAGUGUUGGUUAGCAUCGUAGUCGGAGUAAUGGUAGUUUUGCAGUGAAUAUGGGUGUAGUGGUUUUUGUGUAGGUUUUGAAGUACUGCUAGUGAAAAAUCCCGUAGCUGAACACAAUAAUGUACCAACACUCUAAAAUGUGUGGGCAGUUUCUCUAUUCCGUGGUUGUUUUUUUUAAGUUUCACCUUUUUAAGUUUUAAUUUGAUUAUUGUUUAUAUAAUAUUAUUAUGAAGUAAGUUUUAAAAAUACAUCUUGUAAAGGUAUUAAUGCCAGAGUGCCAAUGAUGUCAACGGUGUAUCCCAAAGAUAAUUAACAAAAAAGUAAUUGAUAAUUAAUUGAUGCGAUUUUCUGUCAUGUUUUAACUUAAGCUGGUUUAUUAUAAGUAAACUGCAACAAGUAGUGGUUACGCUAUUAAGCUUUUCACUUUUUAUUUUCUCAAAACGGGGAACUCAGUUCAGAGAUUCAGCAACUCGUAGGGCCAUUUUUUUUAGCAGUAAUAUAGGGAAUUGUAAGUAAUUAUGUUUUACUCAUUUUCUAUUUUGUUUUGGAACAAGUUUCUAUACUUUCUAGGUUUGCGUAGGUUAUUAGAAAUCUGCAAGGUUUUAUUUCUGUGUGUGUUUUUAAUUCUUGGGUAUGUGCCAAAUAUUUUGCUCUAUUCAUGGGGCAUUCGAUGCAGCCUUGUGUGUCAUCUUAAAAGACUGGGUUUGUUUUCUGUCUCAAUCUGAGGCAAAGGGAAUGGAUGUUGCUCUGAAAUACCCCUAAAUGUCAAGCUUGAAUCAUACUGAUUUGGGCACGGGCCUUCUAAAUGCUAAUAGCGGACUGCCAAAAAAAACUACUCAGUUGCAGUAGUUGCACUCAAAAUUAUUCACUCUGUUUGCUGAACACAUAGUUCUCCGGGAAAUGCUACGCAUAGUUGAUUUUUCUCGAUAUCAUGGAAAGUUUUCCAAUGUCUGCAGUUGGGGACCACACUCCAAAGUUUUUGCUGUCCAUGUCAAAAUGGAGUGAGCAUGUUUUGGAUUCUGAUGGAUAUCUGCAACCAAUGCAAAGGGAUAUGUCUAAUCAAUUGUUACCAGACAAUUGUAGAGUUUUUUACUGGAUAUUUGUCCUCUGAAUUCAGCUUUGUCCCAAAUGCGUUGGGUCUUAAUAUGAUAUUGAAGAUUUCAUAAGAAGCGAGGAGGGAAAAAAGGGGGAAAGACAUGUACAUAUUUCGGAGAAACUUUUGAAUAUCAUGUGUUGUACAAGGUAGAACUUCACUGGAAAAACAUCAGUACAUGUAUUUUUUGUUUUUAAGGUGAGAACAUUUUGCGUAGUAAUCGCCCAACUCCUGUAUUGAAACAAGCAAAAAUUACUGCCAUAAUGCUUUUUCAUCAAAAAAAAGAGAAACUUUUUAUUUUGUAAAGUCCCUGUACAGUAACAACCUAAAGAAAUUUUUUCUUAUAGCAAUACUGGAGAAUAUUUCAGACAAGAUUUAAUUGCCAAUUAUUUUUUUUCUUCUUCGAUGUGUUUACAUAUUUCUUUAAAUGUUCUGCAAAUUUUGCCUUCUGUUUCUUUUCGGACUUGUUUUUGGGCCCAGUUAUGGCUGUGUUGUUUUGUGUGUAUCUGGCAUCUAUGCAUAGCAUUUCAUUUGUGCUGUUUUCCAAAAUUUCUGUAAAGUUUAGACUUACAUGAAUUUUUCAACCAAUUUGCAAGUUUUGGAUCAUCAAACGACCCCCAUCAUGAAAGCUAGUUACUUAGACUUAGUUUUCUAUGGAUUCUGCCAAAUUUGGGGCAUGACAAACCACCUGAUUUAUGUGGAUAAUCAUUAAUGUGGACCAAGAAAUUGUCUGUGUUCCAUUUUCGUUAUUCCCUUAGGCUAACAAGUAUGUUACAUAUCCUCUUGCGCAUACAAAAAAGAAAAAAAAAGAUGUACCAUAUUCACAUUUAUUGCUUGACAAAGAAUGACAAGAUCCUGAAUCAAAUUGUCGAAACUUGCUUUUCGAUGACCACUUUUUAACAAUAUGCAGUUGUGUAUACAAAUUGGUUUUAUAAACUCAAUGAGUCGCCCCUAGUAGUCAGUGUAUCGUGUAGUCCUGUUUCGUCCUCACAGUAAAAUAAUGUAGCUUUUCCAGUAGAUGCGUCAAUAUUUGUGUGUGCGUGUGCGUGUGUGUAUCCAUGUACAAAAAAAUCUCACUCUACCUCUGUCGAUAUAUCAUAAAGGAAUGAAUAUCAUAAAAAAAAUUGAAUGAAUAUAAGAAAGAAGAAAAUGUUGGUGUUUAAAAUCUUGUACAGUACAUCACGUCGUCGUGGCAAGUUCAGGAUAUUGUUGCCAAAAUGUAGAUCCCAUUUUAAUUUAUCGGGAUUUUUUUUCGGGGGGGGGGGUGUAAUCUUAAGGCCCAUCUAAGAUGUCAUUCAGUUAAGAAAUUAUUAAUUCUGCUUGGAAUUUUCCCCCAACAUAAAAAGGAUGCUGAAAGAAUUUUUUUUUUUUGGGGGGGGGGGGUUUAAGAAAUGCACUGCAUGGUUAUCAUGGCUGUCUUUAAUGUGCUUGCCUUAUUAAUCAAGUUUUGGGUCAAUGACAUUUGUGGGCAUCUGAUGUUGAUCUAAACAAUUAUGAAGACAGAAAUUUGCUGGAUCUUGGAGCGUAUGCUUUGUGUCAACUUUUUAUUCAAAACAAAGCGUGUCAGACUUAGGAUUUCCACAUGAAAUCCUAUUUCUGUAGCAAAGUGUUUGUUGUGUUGUACCUUCUAAGGACAUCCUUUUGCUCACUUAACAACGCAUGGAGAAUUUCUGGAUAAAAUUUUAAACCAUUUGAGGCAUAUGCUGUGGUACUGCAGCUUCAGAUAGGACUGACCCAAUAAAAUGAAAUCUUUUUUUCAAAAAAAAUUAAAAAUCUAACAAAAUGUUGCACUUGCUUGUCUGCUCCAUAUUGGAAAGGCAAAGAAAAAAUGCAAAGACAAUGAAUUUGAAAUGUUAUGAUACAAUCAUUAAAAAAAACAGUUGUGUGGCCUAAAAUGUGUUUUAACAAAACUGCAGUGUAAUUAAGAAAUUGGACAACAGUACAAAAAAGCAUUUGUGUAAAAGGAGUUAGUGUAGCGGCGCGCUGUUUUCUUCUUUUUUGCUUUUCGGGUCCAUGGUAUAUCGGUAUGUAAUGCUCCUGUGUAUAAAUAUUAUAAACAAAAAAAGUAUCCGCUGUUGUACUGCAAUUAAGGAUUCUAAUAGUAGUGUCUAUUGGUAGAUUUGUCGAGAAAAAAAAAACAACAUCAUUCAGGGAAUUCUAUAUGGAUGCAUUGUAAUGCUAUUUUUCCAUUUCUGCAUGUAAAUGCUUUAAAAAUAUGUCAAUACACUGAAGUAACUUUUUGUAAAGGAAUUUGUUCCCUUCCAUGUUUUGAUUUUAUCUAUAAUAUUAAUAAUUGAUUGUAAUUCUAGUUUCUGGGAAUGGUUGAUAUAUUUUUUAGCAUUUUUUAGGAUAUUCAAAACUCGUAGUGGUGUGUAAUGUAGUGGUUUUUUGAGAGCACUCGUAGAUUGUAGAAGUAAUGUUAAAAUCUGUCAGAUGUCUUAUGUAGAAGUUAGAAUGAAAUUUUCAAACAAAUCAUGUGUACAGUCAAUUUUGCUUUUGAAUAAUUAAUAGUAAUAACAAAAAUGGAAUGGUUAACAACUCCAGUGAUCAUGAAUAUGUAAAUUCCAGGUGGACCAAUCCAGAUGUAUAGCACUCAGUGUGGGUGUGUCCUCAUUGGAUGUAACCAAUCAGCAGCUGCUCUUGAACCAAUGAGAAUAAGGGUAUGAAAUAUGCUAAUUGUAACAUGAUUCAACCAGACAGCUGGAUUGGAUGCCCAGGAUUUACCUGCAAUUGAUCACACUUAUAAGUAAUUGAGAAAGAAACAACUCUGGAAGUUUUUACGGUUUCCUUCUUCGCUGUUCGGUUGGGUGGGCAUUUUUAUCUUUAACCUGAUUGAUCUUGUGUGUGAAUUCUACAGUACCAUUUAAGCAAAAGAAAGGGAGAUAGAAGAAGAAAAUGAAUGAAUCUUUUGCAGAUUUUUUUGUCAUAUCACCAUCUGUAAAAUAUCUUUUACGAUUAAGUAGACACCUUUAAUUGAAACAGUGGACAGUUGGGAACGGUGUGCUUCCAGAAUUGUUGAGAAAAAAAAACAAGGGGGGAGGGAGAAGUAAAAAAAAAAAUGUAAAAAAGGGAAAGUGGGAUACUUCAAUCACAAUUUCUCUGAUUCAUGCUACCUUAAUAUCUCACCCUCUCCAGACACAAGUUAAAAAAAAAAAAACCAAAUUACGUGACGGGUCAACAUUUUUUACGGAAAUUUAUGAAAAGUGUAGCUGACUAGAUUUCAGAAGUAGAUCUUUGAAACAAAAAGAUUGCAGAAGAAUCAGAAGAUUUAAAAAAUGCUAAUAUGUGAAAAAAAAUCAUUUCAAAAUUGUUGUUUUUAAUAUGAAAAAAAAUGUUGAAAUGGAUAAUAAAUUAAUUUUAUCUAUACCUGUACAUAUACAUUAAAUACAAACCAUACGUUUUUACCACUGUACAUGCCGCAAGCUGUUAAUGUGCUGCAUGCGGAAUGUUGCAGAACGGCAUUAAAACAAAGAAGAAAAAGAAUUAUUUUUUAAUACAAGAAGAGUUGUGGGGGAGUUACACGAGGCGUAGAUUCUUGUAGAUUCAGAGUAAUUCCAAUCAGGGGUCAAUUCCAGCCAGCUGCUAAGCAGAUGGAUUCACUAAGCGAAGGGUUUCCUGCUUAUGGUUACCAGCUGAAAUGUAGUACACAGAGUGUUGUUUGGCUGGUUGUAGUGUGGUAACCUCAAAAUACUGCUUAAGCACAUUCUGAAAUCUGCUAAGCAGCUCCUCGGGAUUGACCCAACAGAUCAUAGUGAUUCUUAAGGUAGCUUGAUUCAAGGUCAGGUCGGAGGGUAAAGGUCAAAUGGAUGCCUUCACAGAGUAGUUUUACUGUGGAACAUAUAACUGUUUAUAACUGUAUAAAAUUCAUGGAUUUUGUUUUUGCAGGAUUUUGUUUUUGCAUUUCCUCAAGUAAAUUAUUCUCUGUCUAAAUUAA